GAUGUCUUGGAGUAAAAAAAGAGGAAAUUCUUUAGACCACAGACGAUUCUAUCAAGUAUCCAAUGGCAGCCUAUAAAUUAGCCCCGUAAAGCUUGAAGACGAAGGGACAUACAUUUGUACAAUGGAACAAACUAAAGGAAAAAAGAGGGUCACAAGGAAUGAGAAAAGCAUAGUUGUGACAGUUAUAAUUCCACCAAAAGUGAAUAUUUCUGGGGCAAGCAAUCUCAUCAAAGAGGGAAACAGUGUGAAAUUGACGUGUGAAAUUGUAGCUGGUCGGCCUGAGCCCGAGAUAACCUGGCUCAAGAAUAAUACUUUGCUGCAAAAGAGUUGGUCUCUCCUUUUCCCUAAAAUAAAAAAGAAAGACGAAGGGUUGUACACUUGUAAAGCAGAGAAUGCCGCUGGUAUACUUACCGAAUACGUCGAGAUUUCUGUUAAGGUUCCACCCCGUGUAAAGUUUGAGUUCAACAAUGUUAACAUUGAAGUUAACUCCACGUUUACUAAGAAGUGUUAUCGGAGUGGUGAUCCAGAAAUAUCUGUAAACUGGACCAAGGAUGGAGUGCUUCUUAGUACCAACAAUACCCUGAUCAUUAAACGCGCGAAUUUUAAGGAUAAGGGCAAUUAUGAAUGCACCGCUCAAAAUGAUUAUGGCAAAGCUAACGCCUCCUUCUGGAUCGAUGUCACAGUUUCUCCCGAGAUCACUAAGCCUCCGAUAACCCAGUCUGUAACCGAAGGGUAUCCAGUCAACUUCAGUUGCCGAGCCUCAGGUGUGCCAAAACCAACCAUAGUCUGGCUUUUUAAUAAUAGUGACCUCCCAUCUGACAUCAGUCGAACCGAUCACGAUGGAGAAUCGUUGCUAGAGUUGCCAAGUGUCACAAAAGAGAUGAAAGGCACUUACAGGUGCGAAGCGAAAAACAAAGCAAAUACUUCUAGUUCCUCUGCAACACUACGUGUUUAUGGAAAAGCCUCUGCUCAAAUUGUUCCAGAUCCAUAUCCAACACUCACAACAGAAGAUGCCCUCACAUUGACCUGCCAGGUCAACGAAGACACAAUAAAAGUAGCUUGGAAAAAAGAUGGAAACUCACCAUCAGAAAGGGCAAAGAUUUAUACACAAUUGGAUAAGAAAGAGAGUGAACUUACCAUUUCUAAGGUUUUGGAAGAAGACGGUGGAAAAUACUCUUGCGAAGGACGUAACAAGCUUGGGUUUGUGGCCCGCUACUUUGUAAAAAUAACUGUCAAAGGUUCCAAUUCUUUGUGGUAUUACAUUGGUGGAUCAGUGGCAACAGUGAUUGUCAUUUUGCUGAUUGCCUGCUUUUUCUGCAAGAGUCGAAGGACAGCUGUGGCUCUUUCUGUUCAAGGGGAGAAAGUUCAGAUGGAGCCGUCGAAUGUAGAGGUAGAUGAAUGGGAAAUUGAGGUGAGCCGUGUCCUGCUUCAAGAAGUCAUUGGACGAGGGGCGUUCGCAGCCGUGUGGAGAGCUCUCCUGAGUUCACCAAAUGGGAGACCUGGAAACCGAAUAGUCGCUGCUAAAUGCUUCACGCCCACUGCUGGAGAGGAAGGAAGGAAUUGUUUGAUGAGAGAAAUUGAUCUGGGAAAACUUAUCGGUGGAAACAAUCAGCCAAACACUGUAAAGUUCGUGGGCUGCGUUACAACUCAAAUUCACCCAAUUCUCAUCAUGGAAUACAUGCCAUGCGGCGACCUACCUGGUUACCUGAGAAAAUGCCGAGGAGUGAGGGAUCGGUAUUAUCUUGGUGAUGGUAGGGCUCAAGAACUGACCAACUAUGAUCUUGUGAUGUUUGCCAAACAAAUCGCUGCCGGUAUGGUGUUCCUUGGAUCGAGAGGAAUCAUCCAUCGUGACCUUGCGGCCCGAAACAUUCUCCUCGAUAACAACUAUGUUUGCAAAGUGACAGACUUUGGCAUGGCAUAUCAAAGCUUCAAAUAUUGCUAUGGAAAUGCCAAAAAGGGAUGUUUGCCAAUCAAAUGGACUGCACCAGAAAUUCUGCUGGGAAAUCUCGCCGGACUUUCCACUUUGAGUGAUGUGUGGUCCUAUGGAAUCGUUCUGUAUGAGAUAGUUACCAUUGGAGGAAUUCCGUACGAUGGAUGGUCAGAAGGCAGGGUGGUUGCAGAGGUCACAAAAGGAUACCAGAUGCCAAAGCCUGAUCAUGUUGAUAUAAAAAUGCAUGAUAUGAUGAAACGGUGCUGGAAUCUUAACCCUGACUUCCGUCCUCCAUUUGAAAACCUGCGACAAAGAAUGGACAAAUACCUUCGUGAAGAGACAUAUGUGGAACUCCUUAAUCUGGGAGCUUAUGACAAGAAAAAAUACUCCAGAGUUGAAGAUCUUGGAGAUAAAGAUGCAGGACCGAGUGACGAAGUUGUAAAGAAGGCCGCUGCAAAAAGAUUGGGAAAAUGGUCCAGUGCCCGCCGUUAGGGUACCUUUCUGUCACCUCUCGGUGCUAAACUAUGCGUGAUGACAGCGAUGAUUUGAAGGUCUUUCUCUAUUAAAGAAACAAACGAGGUCUUUGUUUAAGAUGAUAUGUCAUUAAGUUAAUUGUUUAAAGAUACAAAUAAUUAAUCAAUUCAGUUGGAUUCAAAGUAGGAGAAUUUGGGUAGAUAUUACUUCAACUUCCCUAAUUGAUUGAAACAGGAGAGAAAGAGAUAGAAUAACAUCCAAAAAAUUAAAAAACAAAACAAACUUAAGAAGCGGCCCGUCCAUACUCUUUAAAUUUGCGAGCUUUUGUAGUAAAAACAUUCUGCCCUAAAUUUUUUUGGAACAAAUCUAGUCUGGAAUCUUCCCAAGAGUAGUUGAAAUUUGGUAAUUUUUUUGUAGUUUGGUAAUGUAUUAGUUGUGUGGUAUUAAUCACCACUGAAGUAUCCUGUAUGCUGAUGUUAUUGACUCCGUAACGUGUCCUUUAGUCCACAUGCAUUUUGCUCUCAUAUUGCUUUGUUUAACUUUGGAGCCAUUGCUAUUUGAAGACAAAUGAUUGCAUUGAUAUUGAAAUUUAUAUUUCCUCUAUUUUUUACUUGUCAGACUUGUCUAGUAUGUAUUUAGAAACCUCAGAUGUGAUCAUAAGAUUUGAGAAUUAAAAAAAAUGAAAGAAGAGAAUCAAAUAAGGGAAACCAUACAACUACUCGUUGAUCAUCAGUUGUGACCCUUUUAACCCUAACAUGAUCAGUCCGCAUAUUCUCCAUACUGUCCGCUAUACAUUACCUAAGGUGCU